AUGAGUUUAACAUGGGCUCUGGCUUUUGCGUUUGCUUUGGGCCCGCUGAGUGCAGACAGGCAGACCGACAGCAGCUGUCAGCUGCAACUGCGAGAAACGAGAAUGGACAGUGAGAUCGAGUCCGACACCACUGAAACUGAGACCACCGAGCGGACCGGGAAACGGAAGGGUCAACAACCGAGAGGUCAGCAGCAACGAUCGAGAUGGUUUAGGGAUUGUGUAGAUGCAUUUGCUGAAGAAGGCUAUCAACUAACAGUUCCAGCCCCUGGCCCAAUGUCCCUAGUGAAUCAUUCAAACUACGACUUGUACCUGCAGGCUUCGCGCCUUUGCCAGGAUUUCCUCUUUUGUGCAUAUCAAGGUUGUACGCCUCCCAAAAGAGGAGCUUGUGCGGCCUUACAAGAGGACAAGAUUCGACAGUUUGCGGGUUACCCUGGAAAGCUUACAGCUCAGUUGAGGAGGUGCCCUCCAGACAACCUUCCAUUUUCUGUGGUGACUGCGGAAACUGUGUCGGACAUCAUUGACGGCAUCAAAUCUGCGAAGCAGUUGGGAACAACAGUUUCUGUCAAGACUUCUGGCCACAACUACGCAGGCUCUAGCACCUUCCAUGGAUCGGUAAGUAUUAACAUGGCCAACUAUGAGAAGUAUUCCAAGUCAAACAUUCUUGAAUGUGGGACCCUUCCGGAGCCAGUUCCUACGAGCAUGAGCAACCAGAAGGCUGUUUGCAAGUUGGCAGCGGCCCGUGGAAAGCUUGCAGUAGUCAGAGUGGGCGGUGGAGAAAAUUGGAAUGAAGUUUAUUCGGCCGUUUACUGGUAUCAGUUUCCAAGCCAAACUACACGCAGAUACCAUGUUGUAGGUGGUGCUGCGGGCACUGUCUCCGCUGCUGGCGGUUGGUUGCAGGUUCUGGUCUAUCAGGCACCACAGGCAUGCGAAUCUGGGGAUACGGGGUGGAUCAGCUCUUGCAGAUUGAGAUGGUGCUGUCGAACAGCAAACAUGUGA